CAUUUGUCAAAGCGUAGGAGUGGUUCAGAGAACUACUGUCACACCUCGACAGUUAUCAGUUAUGAAUCAUUUCCAGAUAAACAAGUAGAAAUUUUUACUUUUGCUUUGUGAGUAAUAGAGUGUGAGCCGUAGAGAUUUUUAUUGAAAGAAUCACCAGUAAGUCGAUUUCGUUUGUAUACAGUGUAAAAGAAAGCUCAAUCCACCAUGACUGACCAUUUUGGCUUAAAAUGGGACCCCAAAAACUUAGAGAUAAGAACAAUGUCAGUAGAAAAAACACUAGAACCCUUGGUUUUACAAGUAACUACACUUGUAAAUACAAAGGGACCUAGCAAAAAGAAGAAGGGUAAAUCUAAACGUGCCAAUGCUCUUGUUAGCACCGUUGAAAAAGCCACCGAAAAUUUCAUUGAAAAGGGUGAACAGAUAGCAUAUGAAAACCCUGAUAUAACUGAAGAAAUGUUAGCAGCUGUAGAAGAAGUACGGAAAACAGGGAAUGCCAUGAGUAUGGCAGCAAGAGAAUUUUCUGAAGAUCCCUGUUCCUCGCUCAAAAGAGGAAACAUGGUGCGCGCAGCUAGAAAUUUAUUGUCAGCGGUGACUAGACUACUAAUCCUUGCUGACAUGGUCGAUGUACAUUUGUUGCUCAAAUCCCUACAUGUGGUAGAAAACGAUUUAGAAAAACUGAAAAAUGCUUCAAGUCAUGGGGAACUCCUGGACAACAUAAAAACUUUUGGCCAGAAUGCCAACGAGCUUAUGAAUCAGGCAGCUAAACGACAACAGGAACUAAAAGACCCUCAGUUAAGAGAUGAUCUUGCUGCAGCUAGAGCAGUGCUUAAGAAACACUCCACCAUGCUGUUAACAGCAUCAAAAGUUUACGUACGUCAUCCAGAACUGGCAGCUGCUAAAGCAAACAGAGAUUAUGUUUUGAAACAAGUAUGUGAAGCUGUCAAUACGAUCAAUGAUGUUGCCCAAGGACGGACUCCACAACCUACUUCUGGACCAUACGAUGGACCAGGCGAAUUAGCUGCAGCUUUAGACGAUUUUGAUGAUCAUAUGGUAAUGGAGCCUUUAGCGUAUAAUGAAGUACACACAAGACCCUCUUUAGAAGAAAGAUUAGAAAGCAUUAUUAGUGGUGCUGCUCUAAUGGCAGACUCCAGCUGCACUAGAGACGAGAGGCGUGAGAGAAUUGUAGCUGAAUGUAAUGCGGUCCGGCAAGCUUUGCAGGAUUUAUUAUCAGAAUACAUGACUAAUAUGGGAAAUAAAGAUAAAAGUGAAAGUUUAGGCAGAGCCAUAGACAACAUGGGCAGAAAAACUAAAGAUUUACGAAGACAGCUACGUAAAGCUGUCGUUGAUCACGUGUCAGACAGUUUCUUGGAUACAAACAUUCCGCUGUUAGUCCUUAUUAAAGCAGCUCAAAAUGGGAACGAGAAAGAAGUAGAAGAGUAUGCCGUUGUGUUUACAGAACACUCUAACAAAUUGGUAGAAGUUGCGAACCUUGUGUGCAGCAUGUCGAAUAAUGAGGAUGGUGUGAAAAUGGUUCGUUAUGCUGCUGCUCAAAUUGACAAUCUUUGUCCCGAAGUAAUAAAUGCUGCACGUAUUCUUGUUGCGAGACCUCGCAGCAAAGUUGCUCAAGAAAACAUGGAUGCUUUUAAACAAUCUUGGGAGAACCAAGUUCGUAUUCUCACAGAGGCUGUGGAUGAUAUCACGACCAUAGAUGAUUUUCUGGCUGUUUCUGAAAACCAUAUUUUAGAAGAUGUCAACAAAUGUGUCCUAGCCCUUCAAGAAGGUGACGCUGAUACAUUAGAUCGUACGGCCAGUGGUAUUCGCGGUCGUUCUAACAGGGUAUGCAAUGUUGUGACUGCCGAAAUGGAUAAUUACGAUCCUUGUAUCUAUACAAAAUGUGUUUUGGAAGCGGUAAAGGUUCUUAAUGAUCAAGUAAUGCCGAAAUUUACACAACGAGUUCAAGUUGCCGUACAAGCUUUAGGCAGUAAUCCUCCAAAAGAAGUGGAUGAGAACGAUUUUAUCGAUGCUUCAAGGCUGGUAUACGAUGGUGUGAGGGAAAUAAGAAGGGCUGUUCUGAUGAAUAGGGCUGAUGAAGAUCUGGAUCCGGAAGAUGUUGAGCUUGACGAAAACUACACUUUAGAAACAAGAAGCAAAUCAAGUGCACAUACAGGUGAACAUGGUGUGGAUGAAUAUCCAGAUAUCAGUGGAAUUACAACUGCUAGAGAAGCUAUGGGUAAAAUGCCAGAAGAAGACAAACAGAAGAUUCUGCAACAGGUGGAGUUCUUCCGCAGCGAAAAACUCAAAUUUGACCGCGAAGUAGCAAAAUGGGACGACACUGGAAACGAUAUAAUAGUUCUUGCGAAACACAUGUGCAUGAUCAUGAUGGAAAUGACAGACUUCACAAGGGGUCGAGGCCCACUGAAGACAACUAUGGAUGUCAUCAAUGCUGCCAAGAAGAUUUCUGAAGCUGGUACAAAAUUGGAUAAACUCACUAGACAAAUUGCUGAGCAGUGCCCGGAAAGUUCCACUAAGAAAGAUUUGUUAGCAUAUUUGCAACGUAUCGCUCUCUAUUGCCACCAAAUGAAUAUUACUUCUAAAGUAAAGGCUGACGUACAAAAUAUUAGUGGAGAAUUGAUUGUAUCAGGGUUGGAUAGCGCUACUUCUCUUAUCCAAGCAGCUAAAAAUUUGAUGAAUGCCGUUGUUCUCACUGUAAAGGCUUCAUAUGUUGCAUCCACUAAAUACCCCAGACAGGCCACUGUUGCUUCGCCUAUUGUUGUAUGGAAGAUGAAAGCUCCAGAAAAGAAACCAUUAGUGAGACCGGAAAAACCAGAAGAAGUUCGUGCCAAAGUAAGGAAGGGAUCGCAGAAGAAGGUUCAAAACCCUAUUCAUGCGCUUUCUGAAUUCCAGAGUCCAACAGAGUCUGUUUAAAAAAGCUUAAUAUAUUUUAUAUUUACGAAUAUAUGUAAUACUUAUUAGUGUCUCUUUAAAUACGACACAUCGACUUGACUAUUUUCCAUGGUAUUCCUAUCUUUGCAUUUACUUACACAUAAGGGUAUAAAUAUGUAGGGUUUGUUUUGAAAUUAUAGCAAAUAUCCUACGGUAAUAUUAUUUAGUAUUUUUUUAUUUAUGUAUUUUUAUUACGGUAUUAUUUACACAAUUACACUUUAUUCCUUUAUUAGUUUAGAGCUUCUAUUGUUUACAUAAUUUCUAUGUAUUUUAUGUUUUCCUUUAUACCAAAUAAACACAAUUUUUAAAUAAA